CCGGCGACAGAUCGCUCUCGCCGGCAACAAAAUGCCAAUCCGCCUGCGCAGCGCUCGGAGUGGGUCAUGUGGGUGGGAAACGUACCUUCUGAUGCGACGCACGACGAGCUCUGGCGCUUUCUCAACCAGGAGCCGUCCCCAGGCUCGACGUCCUCGGCGGCCGCAGAGGACGCGUGGGCCGGCGUGCUGUCGAUCUUCUUGAUCUCGCGUUCCAACUGCGCGUUCGUCAAUUUUCAAAGCGAGGCGAAACUGUUGGCGGCAAUCCAGCACUUCAACGGCCAGCCAGUGCGGCCGAACGAUCCGCGCUGCCCCCGCCUCGUGUGCCGCGUCCGCGGGCGCGACGAUGAUCUCAAGGCGGGCGUUGGAGGCCAACGCAGCGCGGGCUUGCAUGUGCGGUGGAUCAGGGGCCAGAAACGCAAGGCGCGCGCACAGGCUCUCGCGCUUGGCGAUCAAUCGCGAUCUGCCAGCUCGCACUCGGGAUCAGGAUCGGGAUCGUAUGCGAGCACCAGCUCGAGCAUCUUCACGCAGUACUUUCCCAAACGCUAUUUUAUCCUCAAGUCGCUAACGCAGAAGGACCUGGACAUAAGUGUAGAGAAGGGCCUAUGGGCAACGCAGCGCCACAACGAGGCCACCCUCGAUCAGGCGUACCGCACGAGUAAGGAGGUCUACCUGAUCUUCGGGGUAAACAAGAGCGGCGAGUUCUAUGGAUGCGCAAGGAUAGCGGAGAGGUUACCAGGCAACCCGUUCAAGGUGCAAUGGGUCCGCACCGAGAGGCUGCCGUUCUAUCGGACGCGACAUCUGCGAAACCCAUGGAAUCACGAUCGGGAGGUGAAGGUAUCGCGCGAUGGGACGGAGCUAGAGCCGUCGGUGGGUCAGGCGCUGCUGGACGAGUGGGAU